AUGGCUUCAAACCUGUACAGCUUUAUUCUGCUGAUGGGGAUUUGGGAAAUGGUGGGAUCAUUCCAUAUCCCACAGGGGUUUACACCGGCUCAAUGGUUUAUCACACAGCAUAUGAAUAUGUCCCAUCCCAUCUGCAAUAACGCAAUGCAAACGAUUAACAGGUUGGCAGGACGACGCUGCAAAAACCAAAACACAUUUCUCCAGACUACUUACCAAGUUGUAAGUGGAGUUUGUUAUAACCCAAAUGUCCGUUGUAGGAGUGGUCUGAACAACUGUCAUGUAAGUAGCAUGGCAGUGUUUGUAAACCACUGUAACCUCACAAGGCGUAAUCCGAAUUAUAGACUGUGUACUUACCAACAGACAAGAGCACUGAAGAACUAUACCAUUGCCUGUAACAACAGACAAAAUGCAGACCCCCCUCAAUACCCAGUGGUUCCAGUUCACUUGGAUGAUGUCUUUUGA